CAAAAAAUUCAGCCACAAAGAAGAUCAAUACACAAUGGCAUUUGCACAUGAACCAUUGCAUCUUCUUUUGCUAUUAUCCUUAUCAAGAUGUUGUUUCUCAUCAACUAACACCAUUUCAUCUGGUAAGCCUCAGAGACUGGUUUCCAAACUCAUUCACCCUGGCUCAGUUCACCAUCCCCACUACAAGCCAAAUGAAACGGCAAAAGACCGAAUGGAACUUGAUAUUCAACACUCAGCUGCACGUUUAGCCAACAUACAAGCAAGGAUAGAAGGUUCUUUGGUCUCUAAUAAUGACUACAAAGCUAGAGUUUCUCCCUCCUUAACUGGUAGGACCAUAAUGGCCAAUAUCUCAAUAGGCCAACCCCCCAUCCCACAACUAGUAGUUAUGGACACUGGCAGUGACAUCUUGUGGGUCAUGUGCACCCCUUGCACAAACUGUGACAACGAUUUAGGUCUACUCUUUGACCCCUCAAAGUCUUCCACCUUUUCCCCACUAUGCAAAACACCCUGUGACUUCGAGGGAUGUAGAUGUGACCCUAUUCCAUUUACUGUCACUUAUGCAGACAACUCCACAGCUUCAGGAACAUUUGGCCGCGACACGGUUGUCUUUGAGACAACUGAUGAAGGUACCUCUCGGAUAUCGGAUGUGCUAUUCGGAUGUGGCCACAACAUUGGACACGAUACGGAUCCAGGGCACAAUGGAAUUCUAGGACUAAACAAUGGACCCGACUCUUUGGUAACAAAACUUGGCCAAAAGUUCUCUUACUGCAUUGGCAAUCUUGCUGAUCCAUACUACAAUUAUCACCAAUUGAUAUUAGGUGAAGGAGCAGAUCUUGAAGGCUAUUCCACACCUUUUGAAGUUUACAAUGGAUUUUAUUAUGUCACCAUGGAAGGCAUAAGUGUAGGGGAAAAGAGGCUUGACAUAGCUCCCGAAACUUUUGAAAUGAAAGAGAACAGAGCAGGUGGGGUCAUCAUUGACACAGGAAGCACUAUCACCUUCCUAGUUGAUAGUGUGCAUAAAUUACUAUCCAAAGAAGUUAGAAAUCUCCUUGGUUGGUCCUUUAGACAAGCUACAAUUGAAAAAUCCCCAUGGAUGCAGUGCUUUUAUGGGAGUAUAAGUAGAGAUCUAGUUGGGUUUCCUGUGGUUACAUUCCAUUUUUCUGAUGGAGCAGAUUUGGCUUUGGAUUCGGGAAGCUUUUUUAAUCAACUCAAUGAUAACGUAUUUUGCAUGACUGUAGGUCCAGUCAGUAGCCUUAACAUUAAAAGUAAGCCUUCCCUUAUUGGGUUGUUAGCCCAGCAGAGUUACAACGUGGGAUAUGACCUAGUUAAUCAAUUUGUUUACUUCCAACGAAUUGAUUGUGAACUUCUUACUGGUUGA